AUGGAUCAAUUCAACUUGGAGUUCAACUCCCGCGAUGACUCUCAGGAGGAUGGCGGUGUUUCCCUCACUCAAUCUCUCUCCCAGGACCCCUUGAUGGUCUACCCCAACCCUCAUGGAAACUAUGGCUACGGCGCCAUGUUGUCGCAGGACGGCAACCUGUCCCUGAAUAACUUUGAUCGCCAAGGACAACAGGGUGGAGAGUUGGAAGGUCGUCUUUCAGGUGUCAUGCUGGCUUAUGACCCCAAUAAUCCCGCCUCUGUUCAUAUGAGCAUGGGUGGCAACGCCUUCAACAACUAUGCCCCAGCACCUUACCCCGCCACCACCAUGGGGCUUGCGCCAAUAGACCAACCCCAAAUGCAUGCCUCUUACUCUCCCUUCCAACCUUUACCAACGAACGCCCAAUAUCUUCAACCCCAACAAUCGCAACCCCCACCGCCACCGCAGCAACAACCACAACCACAACCACCACAACGGCAGCAGCAACAACAGCAGCAGCAAAUUCAAAAUGCACCACAACCACGCAACGAUAGUUUUACCAGUUCCACCAACAAUGGCACUAUCUCCUCGGGGAGUUUGGAAGAUUCAAGCGACCCGUCGCAAGGCCGAUCCCGAACCAUCCAGGAGCGCGCCCGACAGCCGCCCUACGCGCCAUCAUCCACGCAACGCCCUCUCCAGCCUCUUGCGAUACAGCCCAAGAAAGUUCAGGCCAAAGACCAAUCUCCUGGACUGUCCACUCCAGAUGCGGGCAAGUCAGAACAUACGGGUAUCUACUCCAGCAGUGGUUUUGAUAUCCUGGGAGUUUUGAGCCGGGUGGCAGUUCGUCCGAACCCGAAAAUAAACAUUGGCGCUGUCGACUUAUCAUGUGCCUUUGUACUGUGUGACAUUCAACGGGAGGAUCACCCGAUCGUCUAUGUAUCGGAAGCCUUUGAACGGCUCACCGGUUACACAAAGGCGGAGAUUGUCGACCGCAACUGCCGUUUCCUGCAGGACCCCAAUGGCAACCUGAAGGCUGGCUCAAAGCGGACCUUUGUCGAUGGACAAACCGUCCAUCGCUUGCGUUCAACUAUUCAUGAUCGAAGUGAGAUUCAGGCGAGCAUCAUCAACUACCGCAAGGGUGGGCAGCCCUUCAUGAACCUAAUCACCAUGAUUCCCAUUCAGUGGAACUCGGGAGAUGAUUAUCGAUUUUAUGUUGGCUUCCAGGUUGAUCUGGUAGAGAAACCGGAUGCGAUUACAAGGAGGAACCCUGAUGGCACGUACAGUAUCAACUAUCAACGGGAUCAGCUACCACAGUACCUGGUUCCACCGCCCGAUAUUUACCGUAUGCGACCUGAUCUUGUGACCCAAUUCGGUCAUGACCAGGUGACACAAGUCCUAAAUGCUCUGGGAGUUCCUGGCUCUGGUUUGCCGCAGAACUGCUUGGAUCGCGUUCUGGUGGAAAACACCGAUGAUCUGAUUCACGUCUUGUCCUUGAAUGGCGAGUUUCUAUACCUAUCACCAUCCUGUACGCGGAUUUUAGAGUAUGAGGCUAUUGAGUUGGUCGGCAAGACAUUAUCGACCAUCUGCCACCCGAGCGAUAUUGGUCCCGUGAUUCGUGAUAUGCGGGGAAGCACAACCUCUGCUCCAAUUAGCGUCGUUUAUCGUAUUCGUCAAAAAUACCAAGGCUAUAUAUGGUUUGAGAGUCAUGGUGCUUGGCACAUUGACCCCAGCCAAGGGCGCAAGUACCUCGUGAUGACUGGCCGUCCACGACCUGUCUACGCGAUGGAUCAAAUUGCACGCCUGGGUUCCUCGGCAGCGCUGGCCGAGAAUGAUGUGUGGGCCAAGAUCUCCUUGUCAGGUGUCAUUUUGUUCGUGACGACCAAGUCGAAGCCUGUGCUGGGACGCACCCCAGACGACUUGGUUGGGAAGAGCAUUCAAGAGCUUAUGAAACCCGAGGAUGACUCUGCUUCCAUCUCGGAUUGCCUGGAGUCAGCCGCCUCGAGCUUUGAACAUGGAAACAGUGAGGAUAAUCUCAAUGGUGGAAAUAACAAAAAGGAACCACCGUCGUUCUGUCAUCGGAUGCGCCAUAAAAAGGGGCACUGGCUUUCUGCCCACACAACUUUAUACGCUGGAGAUUUGGUGAACGGGCUGAGGCCCUCAUUCCUUGUCGCUCAGAUUCGAUUCGCACGCGCAUUCCCACCGUCUGCAGCUGCCACAGCUGCCGGGGACGACGAUGCCAUGGCCGAUGUCCCCGGUACAGGCAAGAUGACCACUCUCACCACUGCCGACCCUAAUCCUCCACGCCAGUACGGCGCUCUCGGGCAACGUAUGCCCGAUCUCUCUUAUCUCACCGGGUUGAAUGGUCUACCCAAUGGGAACCGCAGCAUCUCUCCCUCCGACGUCCCCGCCACUUUCUUCGCUGAACUGAAUCCUACUCGUGGAACCAGCUGGCAAAUCGAACUGCGUGAACUUGAAAAGCAAAAUCGAACAUUAUCUGAUGAGCUACAGCGCCUACUUAGCCGACGCAAGAAGCGAAAGCGCAAGCAGACUGCCAUCUCAGUAGAGAAAUCGUGUUCUUUGUGCAAAACCAAAAACACACCAGAAUGGCGACGUGGUCCGAGCGGGAAUCGAGACCUGUGUAAUAGCUGUGGGUUACGCUGGGCUAAACAGAUGCGAAGUCAACCCCAAGUUUCAGCAACAGCGAUGGAAAACAAGCCUGUCAUUUGA